CUUUUUUUUUAAUAUCAUGUGGAGACAAUUUUCCAAAACACAAAAAUUUGUAUCAGUAGCGUCUGCUUCUGCAGCAACAGCCAGUUUUGCUUACUAUAUGAGUGAAAAGUCCAUGACAGACAACUUACAAAAGAGGACUAUUCAACUCAAAGAAAGAACUUCAGAUAUGCCAAACUUAUUUGUUAGAAACAGGGCUUUCGCCGAAGCAAUUCAGGAGGAACAACAAAAACAGCAACAACGUGACUUCUGGUUACCACCUUCACGUGAAGAGAUGAUCAAUAAAUUAAAAAACAACGAGGAAUACGAUUUAUUGAUCGUCGGCGGCGGUGCUACUGGUGCUGGUUUAUCUGUAGAUGCAGCAACUCGUGGAUUGAAGGUCGCUAUGGUCGAAAGAGAUGAUUUCUCUUCAGGUACUUCAUCUAGAUCCACUAAAUUAGUGCAUGGCGGUGUACGUUAUUUACAAAAGGCGAUUAUGGAACUUGAUUAUGAGCAAUACGCUCUUGUCUGUGAAGCCCUUCACGAGAGAAAGAUCUUUUUAGAUAUCGCUCCUCAUCUCUCGGAUGAAUUACCCAUUAUGCUUCCCGUCUACAAAUGGUGGCAGAUCCCUUAUUACUGGGUUGGUUGUAAGAUGUACGAUAUCUUUGCUGGCCGUGAGGCUCUUGAAAGUAGUUACUUCUUGACUCGUUCUAAGGCUCUUGAAGCUUUUCCCAUGUUGAAAAAGGAUUCAUUAGUAGGUGCUUUGGUUUAUUACGAUGGUCAGCACAAUGAUGCAAGAAUGAAUGUUGCCUUGGCCAUGACAGCUGCAUGUUACGGCGCAACUGUUGCUAACCACUGUGAAGUCACUAGCUUAACAAAGGAUAAAGAAGGUAAUGUCAAUGGUGCCAACAUGAGAGAUACUAUCAGUGGUGAUGAAUGGACUGUGAAGGCUAAGGGUGUUAUUAAUGCCACUGGUCCUUUCACUGACGGUCUUCGUAAAAUGGAUAAUCCCGAAAAUCUCGAUAUUGUUGCUCCCUCUGCCGGUGUACAUAUUAUCCUUCCCAACUAUUAUAGUCCUAGAAACAUGGGUCUGUUGGAUCCUGCCACUAGUGAUGGUCGUGUUAUUUUCUUCUUGCCUUGGCAAGGAAACACCAUUGCCGGUACAACCGAUUCUCCUACUGAAGUCACUCAAAGCCCCAUGCCUAAGGAAGAUGAAAUUAAUUGGAUUUUAGAUGAAGUCUCUCAUUACUUGAGUCCUGAUGUUAAGGUUCGUCGCAGUGACGUUCUUGCUGCCUGGUCAGGUAUUCGUCCUUUGGUUCGUGAUCCCCAUGCCAAAAAUACGGAGUCCCUCGUCCGUAAUCACAUGAUUAAUGUAAGUGAAAAUAAGCUUAUCACUAUUGCUGGUGGUAAAUGGACAACAUACCGUGCCAUGGCCGAAGAAACCAUUGAUCGUGCUAUCGAGGUCUUUAGUCUCAAGCCCAAAACCAAGUGUAAUACCGAGGAGACAAUGUUGAUUGGUAGUAAGGGAUAUACAAGCACUAUGUUUAUCCGUUUAGUUCAAGAAUUUGGUAUGGACACUGAAGUUGCUCAACAUCUUGCUCGCAGUUACGGUAAUCGCGCUUGGGAAGUAGCUUCGAUUGAUGAUGCUACAUCAGCAAGCUGGCCCACUUACGGAAAGCGUAUCUCACCUAAUUACCCUUAUAUCGAAGCCGAGGUUAGAUAUACUGUUAGACAAGAACUUGCAUGCACUGCUGUUGAUGUUUUAGCUCGUCGUACACGUCUUGCUUUCUUGAACGCUGAAGCUGCAUUACAAUCUCUUCCUAAGGUUAUUGAGAUCAUGGCCGAAGAACUUAACUGGGAUGCUGAUCGUCAAAAGCAAGAAUACCAAGAAACCACCGUUUUCCUUGCUACAAUGGGCCUUGCAAAGGAGAAGGUUGUUCACCCUGAAUCUGAACAAAAAUAAACAAAACUUUAGAAUUUUUUUUUACCCAUUUAAUCCCCCCCACAAAGACUCAAAUAAUAAAACCCAUCUCCUCUUUUAAUAAUCA